AUGUAGCGAUGCAGCAAUCGAGGAUGACACUUCAGCUGUGCAGAAGAAAAACACCAUUCACGACGCAACGUAUGCAUGCCUUUGGCUUGGUUGCAAUCGUACGUUUCCAUCGCUGAGCGCGUUGAGCUUACAUCUAUGCUCGCAUUCUGGGGAGAAGCUUUUUAUAUGUGAACACCCUGGAUGCUACUUGCAGUUUACUAAGAAAUCCUGGCUCAGGGAACACGCGCUCUCCCACGCCGAUGAACGAAUCUUUAUCUGUGACUACCCUGACUGUACUAGAGCUUUCAAUCGACGUUCGGCUCUUGUUAUUCACAAACGCACUCACACGGGCGAACGUGCUUACAAGUGCGACUAUGCGGACUGCGGUGUAGCCUUCGCCGAUCCGACUGCGUUGAUUAAGCACAAACGCAUACACACAGGGGAAAAGCCCUACAAUUGCACCUAUGCAGGCUGCGGUAAAUCCUUCAUACAAUCGAGUGAUCUCAAAGUACACAAGCGUGUCCACAUGACCGAGAAGCCGUAUAAGUGCAUGUUUCCCAGUUGCACUGCAAAGUUCAAAAAUUCGAAGGAUUUGACGAUUCAUAAUCGAAUUCAUACGGGAGAGAAACCAUACAAGUGUGCGUACCAGGGGUGUGAGAAGAGUUUUGUCAGUUCAACCAACAGGGGCAAGCAUAUGAAGGUGCAUGCGAAUCCGAAGAGGGGAGUAUAUAAGUCUACGAAAGCUUCUUGA